AUGGAGAGCAGGGGUCACGAGCCCGUCAGAAGAGGGGUCAGCUGGGGUGGAACAGGAUCUGGACCUGGAACUAGGUCAGGAUCUGGCAUCAGCACCGGACCGGGCCAGGGAUAUAGCAGCUCCAGUACCGGCCCAGGCCCAGGGAGCGGCUUCGGCAGCAGGGGAGCUCGGCCGGAGAUGGGCCUGGGUGGUGGGCAGGACACCGGGACGAGUCCCAUCACCACCACCACCACCAGCAGCAGCAGCAACAACAGCUGGGAGAGGGAUGAGCACAGCUGGAGCAAAGGGAAGUCAGCCGUUACCUCUGCUGACAGUCAACUUGGCCGAAAAACGAACCUCAGCAGAAGCGCGAGCCUCUCGGAGAAGGAGCUGAAAGAGGCCCGCACGAGGAGCCAGCUCAUCGCCGCCCAGCUCUCUGUGCCGUCCAACUCGCGAGGCGUCCAGCUCUUCAACCGGCGCCGGCAGAGAGUCAACGCUUUUACCCUGGUCAGCUUCGGUGAAGGAGGAGGAGGUGGAGGUGGAGGUGGAGGAGGAGGUGUAGAGGUUGAAGGAGAACGACAAGGAGGCGAAAGAUUAGCCAGCGAGGAGGCCAAAAGUGAAAGCUGUGGCACACCUCUUUCUUCCUCGUCUUCUCCUUCUUCUUCACUGAGCCCUGCGGCGCAGCAGCUGGUAUGGGAGAAUAACAAGCGUGCCUCUUCUGCUGCAGAGGAGAGCAAGGACAGGGAGCUGAACCGCAAAAACAGCCAGACCAAAACGCUUUGGUCGCCGCCGGCGGGCGCACUGCCUCCUCUCCCGGUCCCGUCUCUCCAGAGUACCAGGGGGAGUAGCAGCAUCAUGGAGGAUCAGGGGGAAGCCAUCCGUGAGGAGGAGGUGCAGGAGGAAGAGGAGGAGGUGGAGGUGGAGGUGGCGGAUUUGAAGGAAAGGCACUUCCAGCCUGUGCAGGAGAAAGCAGAAGAGGAGGAGGAGGAAGAGGAAGAACACCUCCCAGCGGAGUGUGUGAGGGAUGGAACGGUGGUCACGGAUGAUAGUCGCGGCGCAGCCCGACCUGAAACUGGCCGGGAGGAAGUGAAAGUUAAUGGGACGCAUCCCGGGAACACUGUGGGGACGCUUGACGAUGUUCCAAACGGUUGUCACGACAGUGCCCCGAGCAAGCCCGUCACCUCGGUGCCCAAACAGUCGGCGUCGCCCGCCACCAUCGUGAACAGGACGGCUCGCCCCUUCUUCUCUCCCAGCACCGUGCAGCGGAGCUCUCCAGGGCCCAGCCCCCCGCAGACGGGCAUCCCGCCUGCCCCGUCUUACGCCACCCCUCCACUGCCGGCCUUCCCCGAGCCCCCCACACUCACAUACGCCGUGGAGCCACCCAUGCACGCUUACACAGAGCCCCCUCGAGCCGCAGCCCCCGCCGCAGGUCCUCCACGACAAGCCUUCUCCCCGACACCCCCAGCCCCAUCAUACCCGACCCCACCUCUCCCUCUGCCAUCAUACAGCAGCCUUCCUCCACCCACCAUGUCCCCCGUUGUGCCACAGUACAUACCCCCCAACCCCACCCCCUCCUCCUCCUCCUCCCCCAAGCCCCCCCAGGCGUACGUGCCCCAGAUGAGGCCCACGACCCCGGUCCGCACGGGCAUCCUGGACGAAGGGGUGGUGCGGCGCGGCCCCCGCAAGUCCAUGUUCACCUUCCAGGAGAAGCCGAAAGUGGCGCCCAACCCCGAGCUCCUGUCGCUGGUGCAAGGCGUGGACGAGAGGAAGAAGCAAAGGCCUGGGCUGCCGCCUGGUGGUGGGGGGUCAGCAGGGGGGUCGCAGGCGGACAGCGUGCCCGAGGAGGAGCUGCUGGCGCUGGGGGCCGAGGCGUCCAACUUCAUGGCCUCCAAGGAGGCGGAGGAGGCGUCCGCGGCGGCGGCAGCGGUGGUGGAGGAGAUGGCCCCGGCCUGGACGUCGUGCCUGAAGAGCUCCAGGGCUCCCCCUCCUGGUAGACAGGUGCAAGAGCGCAAGCCCGAGCAGAACCUGAGCAGUAACGUGUCAGGGAAAGGCGCCGAGCUGUUCUCACGCAGGCAGGCUCGGAUGGAGAAGUAUGUCGUGGAUAACCCGCCGGCGGUGGCGGGGGCUAGUGCUGGGGGGGUUGGCGGGUCGGCGGCGAGGAGACGAGACGGCCAGAUCAGAUCGCCCUCCCCCACCAUGUCGCUGCCCCCCUCCUGGAUAUACCCGUCCAACAUGCCGGGACGCGUCAAGGCCAUGGCCAACGACGCCUCCAACAUCAGCGAGCAGAUCACAAAGACUCUCAAGGCGCAGCAGCAGCAGCAUCAGCAUCAGCAUCAGGCCAGGCCGGCGUCGUCGGCGUCGGGUCAGGGGACGGCGGCGGCGAGGCCCGUGCCCCAGCCCGCCCCGCAGAGCCCCGUCCUGGAGAACGGCUGCACCCGCAUGGAGAUGGAGCUGGCCAAGCACCAGCCCUACCAGCUCAACUCCUCGCUCUUCAUCUUCAGCCCCACGAAAGAUCCCCUGAGCACGCUGCCCCGAGGCGCUCCUCCGCCCAAGACGGUGUUGAGAGGCGCUGCCGGGCAGCCCAACUACCUAAGCAGGCAGUCCUCGCUGCCCACCCACGCCCCGUCCCCGACCCUGUUCAGCAGCGCCCCCGCUCCGGGCACUCCGGGCGGGUACAGACCGUCGUGCUUCUCCCCUACGCUGCCUCUGAGCCCCAGGGCGGAGGUGACGUCGCCUGUGGCGCCGUACACACCUGAGAGGGUGAUGUCACCACGGGCGGGAGCAGGAGCCGGAGGCCAGGCACAGGCGCCCAGACCAACCUUCUCGGCCAGGAAGGCAGGGAUUGAGGCACAGACUAAGAAAGAGGCUCCGGCGUCGGGACUAUCCACGCCCACAUCAUCCAGAACCCCGACUUUAACCAGGAGGUUCAGCAGUCCCGAGGGCCCCACCAACCUGGUUUGGUCCCCCAGCCCCAACCCCAACCCCAACCCUUCCACCCCCACCCCCACCCCCACCCACUCCCCCUCCCCGCGCCUCCUCCACCGUGCCAUGACCACCUCCCCAGUGUCCCCCCUGGGGGAGCUGAGGUGCCUAUCCCCCAUCACCGUCAGCACCGGCCACCAGGACACCAAAGCCAACCACCGUCUGCUGGCCAAGAACAUCAUCAACGCGGCCAAGCGCAAGGGCAGCCCUUCCCCUGGCGCACUGAGCGGCCACGGCCUCCCCAUAUCGCCCCCUGGUGGCGUUAGUGGUGGUGGUGGUGGAGGCUGCAUCCUGUCCUACGAACAGCACAAGCCCCUGAGCCCCUUCCAGCCGCGCGGCUCGCUGGGCAGCCAGUCGCCCACCUCCUUCACCAGUCCGCCGCCCACCCCCACGCGCAUGAUCCGCUCGCCCGUGCGCCUCUACAACACGCGCUCGCUCACCGACUCGGACGCCUCCGUGGAGUCGGAGGAUUCCGGAAUGCGCUCGCCGCGCAGCUACAACACCUGCCCGCGCGGCUGGUCGGGGGGCAGCCUGCGGAUCAAGAGGGGCAGCCUCCCCAGUGCAGACCUGUAGAGAUGAGGGAGGGGCUGGCACGCACGACAAAAACGUCACCAAGAGUAGCCUUGUUUUUUUAUUAUUGGUAUUAAUAUUAUUGUUGUUAUUAUUAUAUAUUUCAAACGCAAAAAAAGAAAAAAGAACCUGCCUCUAUCCUCUGUUUCUAUUUCUAUUUUUUUUUAUCCAAAUGAAAGGCUUUAUUUUGACCCCCACAACAUUGAAUGUAGUACGUACGGCUGACUAAUUUGGCGUUGGAAAUAGCAGAUGAAAUGAGAGAGUGGGCUUUGGCACAUUACUGGCGACUGUGUGCGGUUAUGUAAGCAUUGAUUAUACAAUGUUAAUACGGAUAAGCCCGAUGGGGAUCGCUUAAUUACCUUGCACCUGGCUGCAAUUUUCAUCAGUUCUGAAAUAGCUUUUAAAAGAGCUUGCGAGAGAGAGAGACAGAAAAUGGACAGACCAAAUUAUACCAAAGACUCUUAUUUCGUCUCCCGGGACCAAAGAACUGACUUGUUAUUCCUAUAUGCAGUAUCUCCUAAAACAGUGUUACACAGACAUUUGCAUUGUUGUUUUAUUUGUUUGUUCCCUACAUUUUCAUUUUUAUUUUUGCUCACCCGCAUUUGUAAAUGUUCAAAUGCCUCCUCCAGUCCACACGUUUCUUUUUUUCUCUCUCGGUUUGCCUUCUUCAAUAUGUUUAAACAUUUGGAAAUAAUGUACAUGUGCAAUGUAUCGACAUCUACUCACACACGCAGUCAAAAUGGUUUGGCAUGACGUAGUGGUCAGAAAUGCAUGAGAGCUGGAGAGAGCGAGGGAGAGGGAGAGAGAGGGAGUUAGUCAGUCAGGCAGGGGGCGAGAGUGCAAAUAUGUAAGUUACGGCUCUGGUCUCAGAGCAGCAAAGCAGAUUGAUGAUCAUGAAGGGGGACAUACUGUAAUUGAUCAUAAAUAAAAGCCUUGAGGUAAUCAAUUUCCCUCUGCAAACAACAUUUCCAUCCCUCCCUCCCUCCCGUGCAGACCAGAGAGAAUGUGGAGGGAAGGAAGGGAGUAGUGU